AUGUCACUUAUCACCUGUGUGAUGUUUGCAGCCAAGUGUUGCUGUGAGGCUGGGAUCUGGUAUUACAGGAUACUGGAGGUCCUUGUCAAUCAAGAGAAGAAAAGGCCUGGCAUCAGAGACAUCUCAGGCAGCCUGGAGAAUGAUCUUUUUCAGUGCUGCAUGGUGGUCUGUUGUCUGGAGGUUGCCAUAACCUCAAAUCUUCUACCAUGCAACUUCCCUCCAGUCCUUCAGAUCUUCAGACUAGCAGCAUACCACUUUUGGAAGGUGAUUGAGCUGGUGUUGCGGGCUGAAAUAGGGCUACCUCACACUGCAGUCAAGCACCUCCAAACAGUGGAAGAGAAAAUUUUGGAGAGCUUGGCCUGGACCAGGGACUCGCCGUUGUGGCAAGAAAUCAGAGCCAACGGGGGCCUUCUGCCUCCCUGCCAACAGGUGAUGUCUCCUGGACAGCUUGAAGAUCCAAAGAAUACAGACUUGCACCAACCAAGAAUGGAUCUCACAGACCAGCAUUCCCCAUCAGAUGUGAACAGGCUUCAGAGAAGCAGCUCCUUCCAUGUGUUUGUUCGCAAGGUUUACAUCUUGAUGGCCAAGCGUCUGAGGGAGCUAUGCACCCCACUGGACAUUCCUGAGGAGCUGCGGUUGAAGAUCUGGACGUGCUUCGAACACUCUCUGGUGCACUUCUCUGACCUCAUGAUCGACCGACACCUGGACCAACUGCUGAUGUGUCCCAUCUACAUUAUUGCGAAGGUUACCAUGGUUAAUAUACCCUUCAAGCGCAUAAUGAACUGCUACAAGUCUCAGCCAUAUGCCAGCAAAAGUGUCUGCAAACAUGUGCUGCUUUCACAAAGAGGGACAGAAAAUGAUCCCAUUGGAAACAACAACAAUAAUGGAGCACACAGGGACAGCAUCCCUACCCCCAACACACCAUCCACACAUUAUCCAGGACCUUCUCAGGAGGAGAGGGGCAAUCUUAUCUAUUUUUACAACCAGAUCUACACAACAAAGAUGCAGCACUUUGCCCAGCAGUUUGCCCUGAACUCUGUGGGAGACACUCCUCCUCCGUCCCCAUUCCCCAGACAGCCGAAUUCAUCUCCUCGCAGAUGCAGGCUCUCCAGCAGCCACCUCAUCUUCCUUUCACCACUCAACCCAGAAACCUCUUCCUCCAAUACACCUGGACUCAGCUACUUCUUCAGCUCCAGCCCCUCAGAGCGUCUGCGUGAGAUCAACAAAAUGAUCAAGAUGAGCAGGUCACCCACCACGCGAUGCCGUGAGAUAACAUUGGAUGAAGAAGAGGAGGAGGGAGAAGAUGGCCAUUCAGCCAAGAGGCUCCGUUUGGAUGAUCAGUCAGUCUUACAGAGGCGACUGAGGAACGUGGUGGACGAUCGCGCUAACAGAGGGAACCAUCCUUAUCCACUCUAACCUGCACCAGAAGCAUGAAAUCUCACUCUGCUCCAGCAAUGUCAGGUGUUAGAGGAAAAGCAAUUAUCAAUUAUCUGUUAAGUGUUCCUUUGGGCCAAAGUCUUUGCUAAAAGUAUUGUCUUCAGUCUGAGCUAAAAGUACCUCUUUGCUCUUUUGCUCUUCACUUCUUUGACACUUAAAGCUCAGGUGUCAUUGAAGAAGCUCAGUGGUCAGUAAUACAGGACUGUAAACAUACUGGGCAGCUACCUGGUGGAAGUGUAUGGUGGUGUACAUAUUUGUUGUAGGGCAUGGCUGGAAUGUACUUGGUUGACUUUUCUUUAAUUAAAAAAUGUUUUAAAUAAGACUGAAUUUCAGUUAAAUUGGGACAAACUAGUCUGCCUCUUACAGUACUUAAUGGAGACAUGUCAAACUUCACCAGGAUAUUUAUGUAAAGUGAUUCUGAUUAAGUAUGUUCUGAAUUGAGGGACAAUCCAAAGUUUACAGGGAGUCACUAUAAACCAAUUUGUAAUGCAUUUGUCAGGUUUUUAUCUUGCACUGAAGCUUUUUAAAAAAGAACAUUUUUAAUUUUUUUAAAAGCUAAGCUAUGUUGAAAACAUGGUGAAAACAGCAUUUUCAGUUUCUCACAGGGAUGAAGGGAAAGAGCAGAAUUGAGACCACCAUAGAAAUUAUGUCAACGGCACAUGAAGUAUGUAGACAGAUUUGAGGAACUAAAGUCUGCCUGAAUAAUGCUGAUCAAUCAAAUAUUGCAAUGUUAUUUUGUAAUUCUUUCUAUGUAUGCUUCAGUCUUUGAAAAGCAGUUAGUGUAAUAUAAACAAUAAAUAUACAUUUG